GAAAAGUGUAACACGGGAAAUAAUUAAAUAGUCUAAAUUCUCUUCUGUUUUUUUUGGUUUGUUCUUAGAGGAAAUCUUUAUCUUGGAAUCUUUAAUCUAUCUAGAAUUAAAAGUUUAUGCUCGUAGGAUUGUCUACUUUUAAAAGUCAACAUAUUCGAUACAGAUAUUUUGUAUAUUUAUAUAAAGUCGAAGACCCUGAAACUUAUCUUCACGGCAUAAUAAGACCAAGAAGAAAAAGAAAACAUUAAUUUCAACCAAAGCAAAACAGAGAGAAAAAAAUAGAGAGAGUGAAUCAAUUUCGGUGGAGAAAGAGAAGAAUGGAGCAGCCGUACGUGUACGCAUACCCGCAAGGUAGUGGCCCCUCGGGAGCUCCGACUCCACAAGCCGGAGGAGUGGUAGUGGAUCCAAAGUACUGCGCUCCUUACCCUAUAGAUAUGGCGAUCGUACGGAAGAUGAUGUCGUUAACGGACGGCAAUUUCGUGAUAACGGACGUCAACGGAAACCUGCUGUUCAAGGUGAAGGAACCGGUGUUUGGUCUCCACGACAAGAGGGUCUUGCUGGAUGGUUCUGGUACUCCGGUCGUCACUUUGAGAGAAAAGAUGGUGAGCAUGCAUGACAGGUGGCAAGUGUUUAGAGGAGGGAGUACGGAUCAGCGUGAUCUGCUGUACACGGUGAAAAGAUCGUCGAUGCUUCAGCUAAAGACCAAACUCGAUGUGUUUUUGGGACACAACAAAGAUGAGAAGAGAUGUGAUUUCAGAGUCAAAGGGAGUUGGCUCGAGCGUUCUUGUGUUGUUUACGCCGGCGAAUCUGACGCCAUUGUUGCCCAAGUAUACUAUCUCUAACUCUCUUUCCUUCAUUAAGGGCCCAUCCAUCUCAUUUAUCAAUGCAUCUCACAUGUCUCUACACAGUACACAUUAAUUAGCAAUGUUUUAAUCUGGUUUUGGUCUACUGCUUUAGAAUCCGGUUUUGAUGGACAGGUUUAGGUAGUUUUUGAUUUCGGUUUAGAUCAAAAGAUACAUUUAUCUUAGCCCAUAUAUUGUAUGUUUGAUGAAAUUGGGAAGAUUUGAGAAAUAAAACGGUUUACUAAUAGAAAAGGAAAAUGGUAUGGUGAAUGAUGGACAGAUGCACAGGAAGCACACGGUGCAGAGCGUAUUCUUGGGAAAAGACAACUUCUCGGUGACUGUUUAUCCAAACGUCGAUUAUGCCUUCAUCGCCUCUCUCGUCGUCAUUCUCGAUGACGUCAACCGCGAAGACCGCGCCGCCUGAGAGAAGAAGAUAUCACCUUCUCUUCUUCUUAAUUAUCCAUCCAUCAAUAAUGUGCUAUUCAUCAACCGUUAAAACUUUGUGUGAUCAUCUCAGUUGUAAAAUAAUCAAAUCAUUGUGCCUGUCCUUGUUGUUUAAUGACUACAUUUAUAACUGUUUUUUCAUUAAUAUCUCCUGCCAACUGUACGUGCAUAUCGUUACAAAAAUUUAUUUUAGUGACAGACAUUUCACGUACUAAUUUUUUAGUAUAAAAAACACUUAUG